UCUCUCUCUCUCUCUCUGAAACUUUCUAAUCUCUAUCCACUUCUGUUUUCUCUCUCUCCACAUGCCAACGAAGCAAUAGGCUAUGAAAAUCUAAACCCUUCUUCUUCUUCUUCCUCUGCUUCAUUCUCUGAUUCAUUCUCUGAUUCAUGAAUCCAGAUCUUGUUUGAUUUAUGAUAAAAGAAAAUAAAAAUAGAUACUACCUUUUGGCUCUGAGUUGUGUUCUUUGUCUGCUUUUCUCUUUGAUGACUGAGAUCUAGUCAAUAAGAGUUGUUCUUAUUGCGUGUUGAGAUGAUCUUAGGGGUUUCUGAGAUCUGACUUUGUGAUUAGUCUGAUCUGAGUCUGUUGAAGUUUGACUCCAUAGAUCCGAAUAUGUUUAAGCAGAUACUUGGGAAGCUUCCUAAGAAACCUUCUUCUGCCGCUAAGUUUUGGGAUAGUAAUGAGUCCCAACCCCCAGAUAACAACAACCAAGGUGAAGAAGUUUUAACCCAGAGAUCAUCAUCAGAUGGAGAUUCUGUUUCUUCUGUUGAGGUAUUGCCAAGGCUGAGAGAUGUUCCCAUCUCCGAGAAGCAAGAACUGUUCCUCAAGAAGCUUAGGCUAUGCUGCGUAGUGUUUGACUUCGUCUCCGAGCCUCAACUAAACCUCAAGGAGAAAGAGAUCAAAAGGCAAACACUCCUCGAAGUUGUUGACUACGUCAUCUCCUCAGGGAAUGCAAAGUUCCCUGAACAAGUUAUCCAAGAAGCUACAAAGAUGGUUUCGGCGAAUCUCUUUAGUAGUAACACUCACCAACAAUGCAAGAACAAAACUCCAGAAGGAUUAGACUUGGAAGAAGAACAAGAAGGAGGUUCUCUGAACCCUUCUUGGCCUCACUUGCAGAUAGUUUACGAGUUCCUCCUAAGACUCGUCGCCUCCCCCAACACAGACGCCAAGAUAUCCAAGAAAUACAUCGACCCCACCUUCGUCCUCAAGCUCCUGGACCUGUUCGACUCCGAAGACCACAGGGAGAGGGAGUACCUCAAAACCAUACUCCACCGUAUCUACGGGAGGUUCAUGGUCCACCGCCCUUUCAUCAGGAAAACGAUGAACAACAUCUUGUACGACUUCAUCUUGGAGACAGGGAAACACUCCGGUAUCGCCGAGUUUCUCGAAGUGUUGGGAUCAAUCAUCAACGGGUUCGCGUUACCUCUCAAGGAAGAACACAAGCUCUUCCUCACUAGAGUGCUGGUCCCUCUCCACAAACUGAAGUGCUUGCCUAACUACCAUCAGCAGCUUUCUUACUGCGUUAUACAGUUUGUUGAGAAAGAUUGUAAGCUUGCUGAUACUGUGAUUAGAGGGCUGUUGAAGUACUGGCCGGUUACUAAUAGCUCUAAAGAGAUCAUGUUCUUGAAUGAGUUGGAGGAGAUUCUUGAAUCGACUCAGGGAACGGAGUUUGAACGGUGUAUGGUUCCGCUCUCUCGCCAAAUUGCUCAGUGCUUGAGCAGCUCUCACUUUCAGGUAGCGGAACGGGCUUUAUACUUAUGGAACAACGAUCAUGUAAGUAGUUUGGUGAGACAGAACAGUAGAAUCAUUUUACCGAUAGUGCUUCCUGCGUUGGAGAAGAACGGUAGUAGUCAUUGGAACCAGGCUGUGAAGAACUUGACUGACAAUGUUCUCAAGGUUUUGUCUGAUACGAAUCCGGAACUGUUUGAAGAGUGUUUGCGUAAGUUUCAAGAAGAUCAGCAGAAUGCAGAGGAUAACAAGAAGAAGAAUGGGGAAACAUGGAGACAGCUAGAGGAGAUUGUUGCUUCCAAAGGACACACAUCAAUGGAGAAGUAAAGAAGAGAAGACUCUUCUGCAAUUUACACGAUACAAAAAAAGAAAAUUGGUUUCAUGUUUUGUUUUCUUCUUGGUCUUUAGGCCUAAAAGGUAUAUACAGUUCACUUGCUUGGUUGCUUCAAGUCUCUUGGUUUUAUUAGACAGAUGUGUGUCCUCUUGAUUUGUCUGUUUUGUAUACUUCUGUUCAUGUAAACAUCUUAUGAAAACAAGAGUUUUCUAUUGUCUGAAAGUAUGGUUCGGCCAUCUUUGGUCAUA